AUGCACCGUCUGUAUGGCGAGUUGCGGCAGGAAAUGAGAGAAAUCAAUGCAAAGCUUGACCGCCUUCAAAACCCACGCACAGCAUUCAAUCAGGGACCGGGAAACAGGCGUGCGGUCGAGAACGAGCACCCGCGGCAAAGAGGGUCGCAGAUUGUGGGGGCUUCAGAUUCGGAGGAAGAACUCGACCGUUUCAGGAAUUUGGACAUUUCCGAGUCAGAAGAGGAAAUGGGCUAUAGGCAGCGGAGGCGUCCGAGAGGAACUGGCAGAUCACACGGUGAGUUCAAGGUAAAACUGGACAUUCCGUAUUUUGAUGGCAGGCUACACAUUGAGGAUUUCUUGGAUUGGGAAAGAACAGUGGAAACGUUCUUUGAAUAUAUGGAUAUUGAGCCAGAAAGGCAGGUGAAAUAUGUCGCUUGCCGUCUCAAAGGAGGGGCGGGCGCAUGGUGGCAGCAGCUGAUACAGUCUCGGCGUAGAGAGGGACGGGGUCAGGUGAGGAGCUGGCAUCGAAUGAAACAAUUAUUGCGGGGACAGUACCUACCAACCGACUAUGAACAAAUGUUGUAUGUGCAAUAUCAGCAAUAUUGUGUUCAGGGCAAUAGAUCAGUUAAUGAGUAUACUGAGGAGUUUUAUCGGUUGAGCGCCCGUAAUAAUUUAAAUGAAACGGCUAAUCAGAUGGUGGCUAGAUUUAUUGGCGGUUUGAAGGAGACGAUUCAGGAUAAGUUAGUGCUGAAUGAUGUGUGGUCGUUGUCUCAAGCAGUCAAUUACGCAUUAAAGAUAGAAAUGCAACUGUCGCGGCCUAACAAAGGAGGACAUUAUAGGCGGAAUCCAGAGGUUAUGGCGGAGAACAGCCGACCAAAUAGUGUUGUCACUCCACAAAUCAAUAAGCAGCAAAAUGUGUCUCCAAGUGCUAGCGACCCCAUUGGAGCUAUCAAUAAAAAUGUGGAGCAAAGGGGAUUAGCACGGGGGCGAGCACAAGCUAAGGAUAAUCCAUAUGCCAAACCAGCUAAUAUCAAAUGUUUUAGAUGCUUUCAGCAGUGCCACAAAUCAAAUGAGUGUCCGACAAGACCUCAGCUCCAAAUGAUAGACGCAGAUGGCGAUGAUGAAGUAGAAGAAAAGGAUGCAGAGUGUGAUGAGUUGCAUGAAGAUGUAGAGGGAGAUGAGGGAGAGCAUCUUGUAUGUGUAAUGGAGAAAUUGCUGCUUGCUCCGAAGCAAUCAACUGUAUCACAAAGAAAUGCUCUGUUCAAGAUUAAGUGUACAGUCAGCGGCAAAGUUUGCGACCUGUUGGUUGACAGUGGUUGUACCGAAAACGUGGUCUCGCGUGCUAUGGUGCAAGCCUUGCAAUUGAAAACAACUAAGAAUCCUAACCCAUACAAGAUUAGUUGGGUUAAGAAAGGAAUGGAGAUGGCGGUGACGGACUUAUGCAGAGUCUCAUUUUCCAUUGGCAAGCACUACUCGAGUGAGGUCCUGUGCGACGUACUGGAUAUGGACGUGUGCCACCUUAUUUUGGGCAGGCCAUGGAAAUAUGACGUAGGGGCAAUUUAUGACUGCAGGGCUAAUACUUAUGCAUUUGACUGGAAGGGGCGGCGGCUUCGUUUAUUACCGGGUAGUUCGAGUUCUGAAAACAAAUCAGCCAAGAGCUAA